UUCUCCCUCCGCUUUAAAAAAAAAAAAAAAAACCCCGAACCUCCGACAAAGGAAAAGGAUUCUUUCGGAACUUAUCGAGAGAUGAACUGAAACCAAACUUAUACCAACACGUACUGCAAACCACAACAAGUAUCGCCCGCAAGGUUUCUUACAACUUGCGUAUCACCUUUAGCGUAUGAAAGCGUGGCGCUGGCGUAGCGCGAGCUCGGGGUUUGACCCCCGCCGGUGAGGGGGGGGGAGCGGCGGACGGCACGAGGGUUCAGUGGUCCGGUUUGUUGUAGUAAUAGUGCAACAUUUGGAGCCACCCAGACGCCUCCAGAAAAAAACGACAGUCGGGUGACUAAAAAGAUGGUAGCGCUGCCGAAUGAAACGUGCAAGGCAGGGUGGAAUGCACACGGCAGACUUUGACAAAUCGCUAAUACACGCCUUGGUUACAGGUGUAGGCUACAUGCGAGCAAUAAACAACGUUCGGCAACAGCGCUCCCCAGAUAAAAAAAAAAAAAAAAAAAAAAAUUGCUCGGAUUGAGCGGAAGCUACGUGAUUAUUUUCUUGUAAUUCUAGAAGCUUGAGUUGGUCCGGCGGGGUUGGUGUUGUUUUCGUGGGAGGAAAAGGUCUGGGCAUAUGUUCGGGGAUGAGGAUUGAUUUGUUUCACCUUACUAGGAAGUGAGUGUUGUGUCCGGGAAGGGGAGGGACUCCGACGACAAGUCUGGGGCGCCGCUGCGCUACUUACGAGGCUGCAGCGGUGCAACGUUUCAAUGCCAAAUAGCCGAUUCUGUGCUUGUUCCUGCCGCCUAAGUGGCCGAGAGCCACGCGGCACAGAACCGAAGCUUUUAUUUUGGUCUAACGGCGCGCUUGGCCCGGCUCGGCACGGCCCGGCCCGGCCUGCACGCUGAGGGGGAGCAGAGGGAGAGCCUGUAGCGCAGGCCAGUGGUAGUCGGGCUUGCCGGUGCAACUAACGCGCGUCAAGUUGUCCGUGAACUUUGUCACAUUUCGGAGCCAUGUCCGGCCUCCUGCUGCCGAGGAACGGCAGGAGAGCGAUUUCGCUGGUCGGCGGGGGGCGCAGAGGCACCGGCGCACUUUCAGGAGUUCAUCCGGUUGCGCGGCGCUUCAUCGUAGAUAUGUCCUACUCAGCGCACUUCAUGGAUUUCAAAGGCUCCUCCAUACCGAGCACUAUGAAAAAGCUGAUCGUCACCAAGCUUAGUCCUAAUUUCAGAGACGCCGUUUCUAUGCAAACCGUUGCGGUCCCGACCCCCGGAGACGCGGAGCUGCUCGUCAGGAAUCGAAAGUCAUGGGGGGGCUCAGACUGGCAUCAAGAGAUGGCGCGGGAAUUGCAGCAUCAUUUCGCUCAUUCACGGCGGCAGAACCCGGCAGUGUGUUCACGUUUUGUGGGAAUCAACGCCUCUGAUAUAAAUUACUCGGCAGGCCGUUACGACCCCUCCCUUAAGCCUCCCUUCGAUACCGGUUUUGAGGGUAUUGGUGAGGUUGUUGGCCUCGGCCUUAGCGCCAGCGCCAGUUACACCGUUGGGGACACCGUGGCCUAUUUCGGCAGCGGUGCGUUUGCCGAGUACACGGUGGUGCCAGCCAAGGAAAGUGUGCCUGUCCCCACGGUGAAGCCAGAGUUCCUCACCCUGUUGGUCAGUGGUGCCACAGCCUACAUCGCCUUGAAACGUCUGGGCGACCUGGCCAAAGACGAGACGGUCCUCGUCACGGCAGCUGCAGGAGGGACUGGACAGUUUGCCGUACAGUUUGCUAAACAAGCCGGUUGCCACGUGAUUGGGACCUGUUCGUCAAACGAGAAAGCUGGCUUCCUUAAAUCCCUCGGCUGUAACAGGCCGAUCAACUACACCACAGAAGACCUGGCCAAGACGCUUAGGAAAGAGUACCCACAAGGCGUGGACGUGGUGUAUGAGUCAGUUGGAGGGAGUGUUUUAGAACUCGCAGUGAACAGUUUGGCCAAUAAGGGGCGGCUGAUAGUGAUCGGCUUCAUCUCUGGGUACCAGACCGCAUCAGGGAUCCCACCCUUCAGAGGAGGAACACUACCGGUCAAGCUGCUUCAGAAGUCAGCCAGCAUACGGGGUUUCUUCUUGCCCCACUUCUUCAGCGACUACAGGGAGGCUCUGGGUAGCAUGAUGCAGAUGUUUGCCAAAGGGAAGCUAGUGUGUGAGGUGGAUUCUGGGGAUUUGGCAGAGGGGGGGAGAUUUGUGGGCUUGGAGUCAGUCUUCCGGGCUGUGGACUAUAUGUAUGCCGGGAAAAACCUGGGCAAAGUAGUUGUGGAGGUGGCACCACCCUCUGUUAGUAAUAGUAAGCUGUGAUUUCAGAGAUUGUUAAUACACUAAAGCAAUCAAAGUCCAUUUGAGUCAAAAAACUUCAAAUCAAAUGCUUGUUAAGUUUAAAAUGAAAAACUGUGAAUUAGCGCUGAGGUGAGAUUCUUUAUAUUUGUAAGAUGGUUGAUAUGGCAUUAAAGCGAAAGCUACAUAGGGCUUUCAUGAAUAAAUAGAAUUAGCAACUUUAUUUUCUGCUAUAUCUUACUUUGGAAACUAUGUGCAAUAAAAAGUGAUUUCAAUUUA